AUGACGGCGGGGGGACUAUUUCAAGGCCCGUUUGGCGGCGGUCGUGUAGCGAACGAUGAAGAGGCAGAUAGUAUUCCUGCCGGCAUCAACCUAGGGCGGCGAUCGUCCGUGUCGGCAGAAAGCAUGUCGACCCACGCAACAUGGGCGCCAGACAUGGCAUGCUUCCCGAAAACAGAGAGCCAGGAAGCGCGUUUGCUAAGCGCGCUGAAUGCAAAUAUGUUGUUUCGACAACUCGAUCCUGAGCAAGGCCAGCAGGUCGUGAUGGCGAUGCGGGAAGUGCGCAUCCCAAAUGGCCACAUUAUCAUCAAACAAGGCGACGACGGCGAUUACUGCUACGUAACGGAGAGUGGUUCGCUCGAUGUGUACGUGCAGCCGCCCGAGAUGCCCACACACGAGGCACUGGCUGCGCCUCCGGAUAAGCUCGGAACGAAAGUGAUGACGUAUGGACCAGGAUCACUGUUUGGUGACUUGGCUUUGCUGUACAUGCAACCACGCGCUGCCUCCAUUGUGGCGACAUCCGAUUGUGUGCUGUGGGCCAUGGACCGGGUGACAUUCCGCUCGAUCCUCGCCAAGGCAGACAUGCAGCGACGCAUCAUGUUCAACUCGUUUUUGCGACAGGUGCCGCUUCUCCAGCAUCUUCGGGAGGAUGAACGUUCGCGUGUGUUUGAUGCCAUCCAAUUGGAGGACUACCGCGCUGGCGAGGUGGUCUUGAAAGAGGGCGAUACUGGCACGGAGUUCUUCUUCGUUGUAAACGGCAUUGCCGAGGUCAUCAAAGCUGACAACAAAGAGCAACCAGUGACACUACUUAAGCGCGGCGACUACUUUGGUGAGCUUGCGCUUUUGAACCAAGCACCGCGCGCUGCGACGGUCAUUGCCAGUUCACGCUCACACCAUGGGGUUAUGCGAGUGGCCGUGCUGCAAAAGGAGGCAUUCACACGAUUAUUAGGCCCGCUAUCGGAUCUUAUGAACCGACAUGCCGUGGAGCACUACGGCACGUCCUUGUCCACACGGCCUACGACGCCAGCGCCUUCAGGCGGUGAGCAGGGUACAUCUGCCAUAAGAUCGUCGUCCCCACGAUCACAUUCGUAG